GAGGUUUUAUUAAAUUCAAAUUAAAAAUGUUUUUUAAAAACUUUUGUCAUUAUUUUUUUCCUAAUUUUAACUAGUGUUGUUUAAAAUGUGUGGUAUAUUUUGUAAUAUAUAUCGUGAUAACGUUCAGGUUAAAUGCUACCAUCAGUUGCUGAAGAAUAGAGGGCCAGAUGCUUUUAAUGUUACUGAAAUUUCACUUGAUGAUAAUUGGAAAGGUUCUUUCGCCGGUAGCACUCUCUGGACCCAAGGUUUAAAUAUUAAAAGUCAACCAUUAAUACAUCCGAAUGGCUCUAUUCUUCUUUGGAAUGGUGAUAAAUACUCAGAUCUCAAUGCAUCAUCAAAUUUUAAAAACAACAUUACAGAAAAUGAUUCAGAAGAAGUGUUAUAUAAUUUAGUAAAUGGUAAUAUCAGUUAUUUUGAGCAAAUUACUGGCCCCUACGCUUUUAUUUUUUAUAAUUCCGAGAAAAAUGAAUUAUGGUUUGGAAGAGAUGUUUUGGGAAGACAUAGCUUAUUGUGGCAUGUAUCACAAAAAUCCAUUAUUUUAUCUUCUGUUGCGGAACCAAAGUCUUGUAAUAUUCUAAAAGAAGUACCUAGUUGCGGUAUUUUUAAAAUUUCGCUUACAACAUGUGAUAUAAGCAUCGACUUGUUUCCAUGGUCCCACAUGAUUCCAAAAGAAAUUACUUCAGAUGUACCAUUUUUUGUGAAAGAUCUUCUUUAUCACAAUAUUCUUGGAAAAAGUACAGAUUAUUAUUGGACAAUAAUGAAACCAUCUGAAAAUGAGUCUGCAUUACUUAAUUUUGCUGAGGGCCCUGAAGUUGUUUUUCCUCAAUUCCUUGAAAUUCCUUACUACUUGAACACUGUUAACAAAUUAAAAGAUCUGCUAUUCAAGUCUGUAAAGAGAAGAGUCAUUACGAAACCAGAUUUCUGCAAGGAUUGUUUAUUGAAAAAUAUUGAUUGUAAACAUGCUAAGAUCGGAAUACUUUUUUCUGGUGGUUUAGAUUCAGCUAUUAUAGCUCUUAUAACCGAUAACUUUGUGCCUGAGGAUGAACCUAUUGACCUUUUUAAUGUUAGUUUUGCUCGUGACCAGGAACAGAAGUAUGAUAUUGUUCCUGAUAGAAAAACGGGAAAAAGAACGUUGCAAGAAUUGAGGUUAUUGUGUCCUAAAAGAUGUUGGAAUUUUGUUGAGGUAAGAUCUUUAAAUUUAUCUUCUACAUUUGCUCAUUAUUUGUAUUUUACAUUUUAAAUUUUUAUAGAUAAAUGUAACUCAAGAAGAGCUUAAGGAUGAGAGGCAUAAACAUAUUAUUAAUCUGAUUUACCCAUUAAGCAGUAUACUAGAUGACAGUUUGGGAUGUGCCAUUUGGUUUGCUGCUCGCGGAAAAGGACUGCUGAAUGAAAAACUAUAUACUUCUCCAACUAGGGUAUUUACUUUGGGUAGUAUUAUUGGGAAUGGGAGCUGAUGAAAUGUUUGGAGGAUACUCAAGGCAUAGAGCUACUUUCAGAAAUCAUGGAUGGAAAGGUGUAACCCGUGAUUUGUACAAUGAUUUACGCCAUAUUGGCGAAAGGAACUUGGGGCGGGAUAAUAGAGUUGUAGCUGAUCACGGAAGGCAGCCUCGCAUGCCUUAUCUUGAUGAAGAAUUUGUUGCUUCUGUGGAUUCAUUGCCAACUUGGUUUAGAUGCUGUCUUGAUCCAAAGUUAGCAAGAGGCGUUGGUGAUAAAUUGCUCCUGAGACUUCUAGCGUGGAAUUUAGGUCUGCGAUCAGCUGCUUCACUGCCGAAGAAGGCUUUGCAGUUUGGUUCUCAUAUUGCUAAUCCCAGAGAUAAAGGGCAUGCCACUUCAAAGAAUUUAAUGACUUGA